GCUCAGGCCCCAGCCCCAGCCCCAGCCCCAGCCCCGGCGCCCAGCGCCGCCUCCGCGGCAGGUCGGGAGCGCGCGUCUCCGCCGCAGCGCAGGGAGUGACUCGCCCAGCCCUAGGCGGCCAGAGGCGGUGGCGGCGACGGCGACGGCGGCCCUCACGCACCUCGGAGGAGCCGUGACCCGGGCCGAGCCCGCGGGCCGGGCGCGCCAGCCGGGACCCACUGGGCUAUGGCUUGAGGCACACCAUUUCCAUUGUUUUUCACAUGGUGGAGAUGUCUGCCCAGAAGUUAAUUUCUAACAGGACCUCCCAGCAAGCUGCAUCCAACUCUGAUUACACCUGGGAAUAUGAGUAUUAUGAGAUUGGACCAGUUUCCUUUGAAGGACUGAAGGCUCACAAAUAUUCCAUUGUGAUUGGAUUCUGGGUUGGUCUUGCGGUCUUCGUGAUCUUUAUGUUUUUUGUGCUGACCUUGCUGACCAAGACGGGAGCUCCACACCAAGACAACACUGAGUCUUCAGAGAAGAGAUUCAGAAUGAAUAGCUUUGUGUCAGAAUUUGGAAGACCCCUGGAGCCAGAUAAGGUGUUUUCUCGCCAAUGCAAUGAGGAGUCCAGGUCUCUCUUUCACUGCUACAUCAAUGAAGUGGAGCAUUUGGACAGGGCCAAAGCUUGUCACCAGACCACAGCCAUAGAUAGCGAUGUCCAGCUCCAGGAAGCCAUCAGGAGCAGUGGGCGGCCAGAGGAGGAGCUGAACAAGCUCAUGAGGUUUGACAUCCCCAACUUCGUGAACACGGACCAGAACUCCUCCUUUGGGGAGGACGAUCUUCUGAUUUCUGAACCACCUGUUGUUCUAGAAAAUAAGCCAGUUUCCCAGACCUCACACAAAGACCUGGAUUGAGAAACAGGCUCUGUAAAGUGUCUUCCUGAAGUCGUGGGCUCUUUGUAUAACAGGAGAUAGCCAUUCACCACAGUUGUGUGUAUGAGGCAGAGAGAAAGAGAGAGAAUGAGAGUGAGAGAGAGAGAGAAAGAGAACUCAGAAGACAGCUGAUUAAGCCAAAAUGUUUUGGUUGCCUUUUUUUUUUCUUUUUAAAAAAUUUGGCAUUUUUAAAAAAAUUAAAAUAUUUACACUAUCUCAUCUUCCUCAUUGUUGGAAAAUGUGGCCAAAUACUCAGUGUCUUGAGUUAGCAUACUGUGUUGUAACCUGGCCCUGUGUCUAUGAUGUCCUACUGUUGGCAUGCUGCCUAACCUCUUUGGGCUGCCAUAUUUUUAACUGUAAAGUGCAAUGUCUGGAUGAUCCCUCCCAACUCUCAUAUUUUGUGAAUUUAUGGCUUUGUGUGCAGAUGAGGCCUAGGUAUACAUAAAACACUGAAAAACAGGGCACCACCUCCUAUUUCUUGUACAAUUCCUGAAUCCCUAUACCUUUCACUCAGUCCUUGACUGAGCCUAGCUUUAGUCAAGGGAUCUGGGUGUCUGCCAGGAUGUCAGGAGACUCAUCCUACGUAGGCCAAGAUCGCUGGGUUGUGCUGAGUUCUUCAGAGGACCCUCAAUUGCCCAUGCUCCAACCCGGCACAACCCUGCCUCAGAUUUCCUACCAAUUCAUGUAACAUUGCGAGGCACUCCUAUCCCCAGAAAUGUGGGAAUAUUGUCAGCUGAGUGAGAGGAGAGACCUCCUGUGUGUGUCUGCUGCUGUAUCUGUAGUUACCCUGCUAUGCCAUUGGCUGCAGAACAAUACUACAAUAUUGGCUGAGGAAAAACACUGUUGGAUGUGCUAUUUACUUGGUAAAUGUGGUCAUCAUCUAGCUUUGAACUGAUGAGCUGUAAAUAUACCACUAAUAGGUCUUCAGAGAGGCUGGAUCAUGUAAACACAUGGGCAAUCCAGAGUUAAUUUCAUGAAGGAUUCAAACUUGCACGUGACUUUGCACACAGUUGCAUGCAUGGCCAGCAGCAAAUCCUUGGGUGGCAUCUUCAUUCUCAAUUUGUCCACCACUCAUCUUGCUUAAGCUACAAAAUAAAUGUAUUUGAUUGCACAAGAAA